CACAAAGUGUACUAUUGAUGCUAUUUCUCCCUUCUGCUAUUGAAAUAGCACAGUUGUAUAGUCGAACGUGUGAACAUCCUUUGCUAUUUGAUGUACUAUUGUGAAUGCUAUUCACCCAAUCAAUCAGCUGCUUAGCAGAAGUGAAAGUAAUACAAAAUAUAAAUAUAAACAUAAAAAUGCCUAGGAGGAGCGAAAAAAGUAAAAUAAUAGCAGCGAUUUGUCAAAAAUAUACACACGACAUCUUCAUUGUGGACGAGAGUGAUGAAGACGAGCAGGAAGAUAUCGAUGAAAGUUUCAGACUGAAUAUGCUGAUAUUGCUAAACAAUCGCCGAGGUGUCCAUUUAGGAAUUCCUAAGUCAAACCAAUGGAAGCUGAAUGUAUUGGAGCAUUUAGAUGAAAACAGAUUUUGCCAAAUGCUGCGAGUAAACCAAAUGGAGUUUGAUCUUAGUAAAAGAUGA